GGCUGAUGUCUCAACGGUAACUGCGGCGCCGGCAACGGCGCAGGUACCUCCUGAAUGCUCCCCGGCUCGACAUAAUCCCUAUGCCCAUUAACCAUAAGUCUUAACUUCCUACUCUCAGCAUACACAACGCGACGCAUCCGAUUCGUGCUACCUAGCGGCUAAUACUCCUUGAGCCCAUGCCAGGAAUUAACCGUAAUGCGAUCAUCCCACCAGGUCCUGAACUCCGGCAGCCAGGGGUCCUGGGGCUCGAAUUCGAGCGUCGCGACCUGCUCGAACGGGUACUUCUUAGGGUCCCAUUCGAUGCCGAUGUCGUCGACGGGCUGCUCGGUAAGGUCCUGGAGCAGCUGCGCGCAGAAGGAGUAGGUUACUUUGUGGGCCAUGUGGAAGCGGCGGUUCUCUUGCGAGAUGAUGUUGAUGGGGUCGGAGUCUUGGAUGUCGUCGUCGGCGCGGUCGAGUUGUUCCUUAGCAAGUGGGAAUACGCCGUAUUUGGCUACGUAGUCGCCGUGGCGGUACGCGGAUUAAGAGUACUCGGGCAUGGCGUACACUGUAGUCGUCAGUUGGUGCUUUUGCUUGCAUGUGAGACAACAGUGUACUUACUGUGCUGUCUUGGUAGUCCACCUCCCAGUGUCGUAUAGCAAGCCACCCCUCCUUCAAUGCCUUACAAAACUUAUCCUAGUCCUCCUGAGAGUCACCAAUAUGAUCUAGCUCAGGGUGGGUAAGAUGAACAAUCCUUUUCAAGGCC